AUGGCGGCGGAGGCUCGGGCCGAGAGCCCCGCCGCGCCCGCGGCCCCCGCGCUGCCCGUCGUCGCCGCCGCCGCGGCCUCCCCGUCCCCGGAGAAGCGCGCGCUCGCGGGGGACGCCGGGAAGGAGGAGCGGCCCGAGCCGAAGCGGCGCCGGGCGUGCGUCGCCGCGCUCGACAGCCUCCCCUGCGCCGCGCCGCCGCUGGCUCACGGGGACGGGGACGGCUCGUCCUUCUCCUUCCAGCACGCCCGCGGCGGAUUCGUGGUCCUCGAGACGACUCCCAAGUUCGGGUCCUUCACCCCACCUGCGGCUGCCGUCGGCCCGAAGCCCGCGCCGCCUGCCGGGCAGGGCUCGCCGGAGGAGGAGGACGACGACGAAGGGUUGCCGUCUCGCGAGGAGGCGGAGGGUCAAGACGGGAAUUCUCAGCUAGUGGGGCCCGACGGUCAGGGGCACAAGACAUGAGUGUUGACUUAGCUUUGACUUUUCAGCAGCCGUGCAAGUAGCUUGCAGCGGCAGCCAACUCCUAGUCUAUUUUUGUGUAAAUUGGUCUCAAUAUUUCUCCCUCCUGGUGUCGAUGCAGUUGUGCAUCACCAUUGUUGCUCUCUUGUUUUGUAGUCAUGUGUUGUUUCAUUUUCUUAGGGAAUGGAAAGCUUUCUUGAGAUGA